GAAGUGGGCGCCAUGUCCCGUCGUCUGUCCCAGAUGACAGAAGAGGCAAUGACUACAAGCGGUCGCGCGGGACGAAAAGCCAUCCAGGAAGCCGGCUUCGAUGCGGAGCUGCGCGCGAAGCUCGAGGAGCGAAUCGCCACGGCGGAUUUCCGGUCCCAUAAUGCUAGCGCAUUCGCGGAGGUAGAUAUUCCAGGAAGCGCGGGGAAGGGGACUAGGGACCUGGCUGGGGCGACGCCGUGGACUGGGACAGAGUCGGCGGAAGAUACGGCGUUGAGGAUGCUCACGGAUGCGCAUAAGCCGUUGCAAGGGGAGAUCAAGGCAGCGCCUUUCCGCGGAGUGCCUAUCAGGAUCCAUGUGGGACGAUCUGCGAGCCGUGCAUCAGUAGGGCAACGCAUUUCAGAAGCGAAGGAGCGGUCGUCCACGUAUGGCAUGCUGAAGGACUCCAGUAUGUCGGAGGAGGAGAAGGAGGGGUUCCGGAAGGAGAUGUGCGAGCGGUUUUCACCCGGCGGAAGGACCAUGCCUACCACGGUCCAAGGGCUAGCGUCGCUUGCGAACGAGCGGAUCGAGGACGCGAUCGCACGGGGACAGUUCAAGAACCUUCCGCGGGGAAAGCCGCUCGAGAGGGAUUACAACGCCAGCAGCCCGUUCAUCGACACAACGGAGUACUUCCUGAACAAGAUCAUCCAGAGGCAGGACAUCGUGCCGCCGUGGAUCGAAAAGCAGCAAGAGUUGGUAUUGGCCGCCGGUCGGUUUCGCUCGCGGCUACGCAGCGAUUGGAGGAGGCAUGCGGCGCGCAUGAUGGCUAGUCAAGGGGGGACGCUGGAGGAGCAGGUUCGUAGGGCAGAAAUGUACGCCGAGGCCGAGCGACGGGCGAACCCAACGGUCACGAAGGUGAUGGUGAUACAAGAGAUUAUAGACAAAGAUCACGUAUCGGGCAUCUCGUUGACUGGAGCAUUAAGAGGAGGGAAGCAAGGGGUGACGACAUCGGAUGUGGUCCAGGUAUCCUCGCCGACAAUCGACACGAGCACAGAAAAUCCCACAGUCACGGUGACCGCCGAGGUAACUGAAAUUCCUGAAUCCGCGCCACAAGACCCACCGCCAUACUUCAGUCGACCAUUCCGCGAUCCUGAAUGGGAGAAAACCGAACUUUCGUACCUGGGGCUCAGCAUCGACAACCUGAAUUCCAUCACGCGCACCUACAACCUCCAAGCGCCCGAUCUUGCUAAGAAGCCAUACUACUCUCUCGAGCGGGAGUUGAACGCUUGCUAUGCUGACGUCGCGCCCCUUCUCGCCUCCGAGAUAGUGGAACGAGCCCGUGCGCCGAUCAAGAAGGGCGAUUUCAGGUCCGGCGAAGGAGGAGUGCUAGCUGCUAUAGGAGGGUCGAUAGGUGCAGGCAAAACGAAAGUGCAUGACGAGGGGAGGGGGAAGCAAUACGGGCUACGAGAAUUUUGGCGAGACCUGUGG